AUGGCAAAGAAGGAGAAGAAGGUGGAGCCGGAGGAGCCAAAGCUCAAGAAAAAUGCGCUCUUUAUGCUCUCCUCAAACCACAACUCGAGGACAAAGCAGAUGCUAAAGGAUCUCUACCAAAUUUCAAAGCCUAAUGCAGUCUUUCGCGUAAACAAAAAGAGCGAAUAUGAGUGGCAGGACGUCAAUCUAAAGUUGCAAGUCAAUCAGAAAAACCACAGAAUCGCAGAGUCAAUUUGCGCCAAAGUCUCCUGCGGACUCUACCUGGUCGCAAACUCCAACAAGAAGAGGCCAAUCAACCUGGGUCUCGGAAGGAUUUAUGAUCGUAAAAUACUCGACUGCUGUCAGCUGAGAGUGGAAAAGUAUGUCUCGGUGGAAGAAAUUGGACAUUUGGGCUCGGUGAAACACAAUUCAAGGCCCUUGGUGGUUGUCCAGGGCUCGGAAUUUGGCCAGGAUUCCGGUCCACUAAACACUGUGCGCGACAUUUUCUUGGACGUCUUCAGAGGCCCCUCGUUUGCCAAACUAUCGCUGGAAAAUGUGGAGCAUGCAAUCGUGCUAACCGUCGUAGACGGGGACUCGUACGCUCCAGAGCUGACCCUCGACGCCGUAAAAGGUGCUCUGGAUGGUGAAUCGCUUGAUGUCUCUAAUACGGACUCAUCCAAUGCAAAGGAGGAUGUUGGUGAUGCGAAGGAUGAGAGUGCUGGAAAGGCGGUCCAGAGUCCCUCUGGAGAAAGCGCGCCAAAGAUCCUGUUCCGCCACUACUCGAUCCAGCUCCUAAAGUCAGACGACCCCAAGGUCCCCUACGUAAAGCUCAGCGAGCUCGGACCGUCGAUCGACUUUGUUCUCGAGGGAGUGGUCACCCCGGACCCGGAGGUUUUCAAGGACGCCACCAAGGUCGAAAAGAGACCCAAGAAGCUCAUCUCCGGAGUGGACACUCAGAAAACAGCCAAGAAGAGCAAAAACGUCAAGAGCACUUCCCUGGGUAACAUUGAAGGAAAGGUGUACAUUAACAGGCAGAAUCUCGACACUCUGUAUACACCUCAUAAAACCACUUAA